AUGGCUGAAACCAAGCGCUCCCGCGUCUUCUUUGACAUUCAGAUCGGUGACAGCAAGGCUGGCCGUGUCGCUUUCGAACUGUUCAACGAUGUCGUUCCCAAGACCGCAGAUAACUUCCGAGCUCUGUGUACCGGCGAGAAGGGCACUGGAAUCCAGGGCAAGCCAUUGUCCUACAAGGGCUCAAUUUUCCACCGUGUGAUCAAGCAGUUCAUGAUCCAGGGUGGUGAUUUCACGGCAUUCAACGGUACCGGCGGCGAGUCGAUCUACGGCGAGAAGUUCGCCGACGAGAACUUCGACCUCAAGCAUGACCGACCCUUCCUGCUCUCCAUGGCCAACUCUGGUCCUGGCACCAACGGCAGUCAGUUCUUCGUGACCACUGUUCCCACUCCCCACCUGGAUGGCAAGCACGUCGUCUUCGGUGAAGUCAUCAACGGGAAGAGCAUCAUCCGCAAGAUCGAGAACAUGAAGACCAACUCUGACAAGCCCGAGGUCGAUGUGACUGUGGUUGACUGUGGUGAGCUGACCGGCAGCGACUACGAGAACGCCAACAAGCGCGUGCAGGAUGCGACCGGAGACCCCUAUGAGGAUUUCCCGGAGGACCACCAGGGUGAGGAGCUGAGCGCUCCCCUCGCCUUUAAGAUUGCUUCCGAUCUCAAGGGAUUCGGAAAUGCUGCUUUCAAGAGCGGCGACUUCAACCUCGGUCUGGAGAAGUACCAGAAGGGUCUCCGCUAUCUGAAUGAGUUCCCCGAGCCCGGCGAGAACGACCCCAAGGAGCUGGCUGAGCAGAUGAAGUCUCUCCGGUUUACGCUGCACUCGAAUUCUUCGCUCUUGGCCAACAAGCUCAAGCAGUUCCGCGAUGCCAAGACCUGGGCCGGCUACGCGAUCCAAGUCGCCGAUGCCGCCAAGGCCAAGGAUGCCGAUAAGGCCAAGGCCUAUUUCCGUCGCGCGCAGGCCCAGGAGGGUCUCAAGGAGGAGGAUUCCGCGCUUAAGGAUCUUCUCGAGGCUCAGAAGCUGGCUCCCAGCGAUGCCGGUAUCACCAAUGAGAUCGCCAAGGUCAAAGCCACCGUCAAGGCUCGCGAGGCCAAGGACCGAGCUGCUGCUCAGAAGUUCUUCUCGUGA